GUUCGGAGCAAAAAGUCAAUAGCACUAGGAACCUGGCAUGAAAGGAUGGUGAUAGUGUGUUAUCACGGUGUUCACAAACAGCUCCUUUAACGCUCUGACUCAGCUGCCUCCUACUGCUACGUCUUGGCAUGAAAAUUAGAGAAGAAGACGAGACGUAAACAUUGCAUAUGUGGUUGGGAAUCUGCUGUAAGAUAUAUUCGCAAUUUACGCAAAGCAACGAAGUCGUACAGGUUUUUGGUACCUCUGGGAAGACUGGAGUCGUCUUUCGAACAAAAACGUUAAACUUCUGGGAGUGUUCAUGGCAGUCUAACGUUCUUUAAAGUUAGCCGAGAAUUUGCACUGUUAUCACAUCAAGAUGAAUAUCAACCGGAGUCUGUUACCCAUCAAACUACAUUACUUCCUGAGAUAUGCAGGCGCUGCAUUUCUGGCAACAGUCCUCCCUCUGAUCGUGAGACAGAAAGGUGUAUCACCUCAGGGAAUCGGAUUUCUAUGGAGUACGAUGCCCAUUAUGGGUUUGAUCAGCAACAGCGUAUCAGGGGCAUUCGCUGAUUACUUCCGGGCGCAUCGCGCUGUAUUCUUGUGUUCUCUUGCCGUUCUCACCACGGGACUCUUGGCAGCUUAUGGCCUUCCAAGCCUCCCACUUGAUGAUGAAAGCACUAGCAAUACCCUUCAGGACAUCAGUGCCCAAGUUCCAAUUCUCCCACCCGAUGAAGAAAACACUGGUAGUUCAGCCUUCAAUGGAACAAGCUUCCGGUUUCCUUCAGGUUUUGACCGUCACAAGGACGUGAAGGGCCCAGAACUGAUCACGGAGGAAGGGCAGUUCUCUCCUCCAGUCUCAAGAAACUCCACAGGGAGAGCAGAUUCUCCAGUAGAUUCUUUGGCACUAUCCUACCUCGUGAAGUACCCUCAGUUCUGGUUGAUAUUUGGGGCCCUCAUGAUGAAACAGAUGGGAAUGAGUACCUGCGUAAUGAUCACGGACGCUGUCUGUUUACAAAUUCUUGGAGACAAAAGACACAAAUACGGCCAACAGCGUCUUUGGGGAACCAUUGGCAAGGGCAUAAUAUCGGUUAUCACAGGAGCUCUGGUAGACCUUUAUUCCAAAGGCUUACCUCAAGCCGACUACCUCCCUGCGGCGAUCAUAUGUGCUGUGAUCAUGACGUCAGACAUGGUUCUUGUGUCCAGAAUGAAUAUCUCUUCCUCUAAAGAGCGCAAAGUAAACAUGGGGGACGUCAGGAGUGUCAUAAUUCAUCCUCAAGCCGUGCUUUUCUUUGUAACGGCGUUCGUUGUGGGAACUUCCUCAGGCCUUCUGUCGGUGUUCAAACUGAUGUACAUGGAGGACGUGUCCAACGCGUGGGACCCAAACUUUUCAAACCUGAAAUUCCUGCAGGGACUGAGCAUAAGCGUUGAGGCCUUCGGGGGCGAUGUUCCUUUCUUUUUCGUCUCGGGAAUGAUCAUAAAACGCUUGGGAUACAAGGUGGUAUUUGUUGGAUGUCUGGGGACUCUAGCCAUCAGAUGCUGCAUUUACUAUACCAUAACCAAUCCUUGGUGGUUCCUACCAGUUGAGUUCCUCAAUGGCAUAACCUUCGCCUUAUUUCACUCUUGCAUGGCUGCUUAUGCCAGCCAUCUGGCACCGCCCGGGGCACAAGCGUCUCUCCAGGCAGUUGUCAGAGCGGUUUCUUUGAUAGGGCAUUCAGUGGCUGGUUAUUUAGGAGGGGUCCUGUUUCAGUCCGUCGGAGGAGCUUUGAUGUACUUGUCCGUUGGAAUCUUCGACGCCUUUUUCUGCAUAAUUUUCAUGUGUUCUCAGCUCCUGAUCACAAAGCACUGCAGUUCUCAGAUGCCACAAGGAGGUUCUGGUAAUGACAGCUCAGGCACUCCAUUGGCAACGUCAGGGGGAGAAUCAUCAAACAAUCAUCAAGCGUCCAGGGAAGAUUCAUCAAAAGAUCAUCAAGAUGACAAGGAGGAAAAGGAAACCAGGAAAUCUCAGCAGGAGGACGUCCAGUAUGAGAAGUGAAUCAGCCCACUCAUCGAGAAUCUCUUCGAAAUAAAUGCAAAUGGUGCAUUAUUCACCAGGAAAGGAAAACUGCUUCGCUGAAGAGGAAAAUAAAGCAGAGCAGAUGUCAAUUUCAUAUCAGCAAGAAACAUUAAAAAAAAUCAUUCGCAACUCAGAGUUAGCUAAAUUUAGGCUUGAUUUCUUACCUGAUUCACACUUCGCUAGACUCGGUUAAAAUAUGUCAUGAAUAGGUUAUUCAUGCAUAUGACUCAGCAUAGGGGACUUUUAUAUAUGGUAAUUUUUUAUUCUUUACUCAUUUGAACGUGCAUAAGUAAAUGUAAUUCGCUGAAUUUGUAUCAUAGUACAAAUCGUUUAUCAGGGUAGUUGAAGAUAAACUUGUAAGGAUGCUAUUAUAAUUACUUGGUCUCGUUGUUCCAGUUUUUCAGUACACAUAUCAUUUAAUUAAACACGUUUGUGAAAGGUGAAUAUUUGGGUAACAACCCCGACAUUAUAUAUAUAUAUAUAUUAGUGUGUGUGUGUGUGUAUGACUGAUAAGAAUGUUCUGUUUCAACAGUAUUUCAUCUAAUAAAGGAGCCCAUAAAAAGGCCAAAAUAUAGAGAGUAACUACUAUAUUUCUUUUUUACUUUUUUCUUAAUCCCAAGGUUGACCAGCAAGACAGUGCUUAUUAUCUGCGUGUUCUACUAUGCAUGAAAGAAAGUCCUGCAAGUAUUACCAACAUAUAUAUAAUUCUCAUCACCAAUAAAAUCCUUUUUCA